CAAAGGGCUUCUCCACAACAAACAACACAUCUCCAUGAUCAACAAUCAGGUCUUAUUCCCUCGCCACCGCCGUCUUUCAUGAACACCACGAGCGGCUCUAGCAUUGAGGUCUGGAUAGACAAUGUCCAGACGCCGCAAAAUUUGUAUGAGCCAACCAUACCACCAAAUCUUUCUUGGCCAAGUGACGACAAAGAGAACUCCCGGGCGGCAGCAAAGAAACGCCGUAUCAUGCAGUCUGACCAUGACCAAACACCUCGUCCUUUGAAACGACUACGUGACCUCAACGACACGUCCAGAUUUCCUCCUUCCUCUCCAACCACGAGCGCCUCCAGCGAAGCUGUUUCCGAUGCCUUCGAAGCUGAGUCACACCAGAGUGGGCGCUUAAGUCCUGUCAAGCAAAUACAACUGCUUGAAGACUUUGAAGACCAGCCCGUUAUCUUUUGCAACUUCGAUGACGAUGUGGAUGGAGCGGAGCCGGAUGAUGUGACAUCGAUGCGAAGAGCUAUUCAGCGCUUCGCAGAUGGUAUUGGAAUACUAGGGUACGACAAUGUGGACGAGGCGGUUUUCGCCUUGCCGCCAUUGGAAAGGAUGCGCUUCCGGUAUCCCUGGGCAAGCGACCUGGAUCAGCGCUGUAGUAUCGGCUCGAUGCCCUCAAUAGCGCAGGUAUUGGAUAUUGUAAAGACAGCGCGAGAGCAUGACCGCGGCUCGGGUGUGUCUGAGGACGACUGGAAUUCCGAAGUUCAACAUCCACUCCUUAAGCUUGCCUGCAGCACAUGCAAGCACUCGGAGACCCUUCUAGUCUUAAAUGUAAAAACGGCUAGAAUCGAGCCCGCGUCCCUCUCUCGAUCCACUCUCCCCGGUCGAGUCGUCGACUAUGUUGUUGCACUCAAACCGGACUCAAUCCUUGACCAAGCCUGGCAUCGACUUCGUCCUCUCCCUAGCAUGUCUAUCAAGUCCUGGAAUCACACAACCCGGGCCCGUCGCAAUCCCAUCGCAAUCCAUGUAGAAACUAAGAGCCCGAUGAAAUCAUGGACAGAUGGCAAACCUCAGAUCGCGAUAUGGACUGAUGCUCUGCUGAAACGCCUUGCUCUCAUUAGUGGUAAUGCAAGUGGCUCAUGGCCUGCCCUCCCACUUCUUAUUGCUCAAGGCCACGAUUGGCACUUAUUGAUUGUCUCCAAAAAUGACCAGAAAAUGAUCAUCUGGGAGCAGAUAGAUAUAGGGAGUACGAGGUCGUGCUUUGACGCGAUGAAAGUUCUAGCAGCUCUACACUGGCUUAUGGACUGGGCUGAGAGAGUAUGGCGACCGUGGUUUUUAUCGCUAGUAGUCCAAUAACAACGUAUCUUUACCAUUGAACUCUUCGAGCCAAACCCACCCCUGCGCAUCCAAUAAUCCCAGUAUCUCGGAUUGUCCGAAUCUGGAGUUCCGAAUAACGACGACUCUGACUUGUUAGCAACCAUUAUCAAAAACGCAUCGGUUUGAGAGUCUUCGCCCCACUCAUAAUUAGGCGGGUCUGGUCCAUCCCUUGCCACGGCGAUUGCUCUCCUAACCAGAGCUCUAGGUACAUUAUCAGGUACAAUGUCCCACUCCACAUCACCAUUGAAGAUUUCCAAUAGUGAUUCGAGAAUACAAAAUAGCCUUCCCUUCUGAGGACACUCCAGGCAUAAGGAUCCGGGGCACAUUCUGCCAAGAACAUCUCAAUGCUUGAACAUGCGGUUUUAAGCAUGAGAACACGUUCCCAGGAAUCUGAAAGGUUGAUGUCCAGCGCCGUAUGCUUGACAAGUGUAUCAAGGGCAAUCAGCUCGAGGAUAUCCUUCGUAACUGCUAAGACGGGAUUGCCGAUUGCAGACAGCGCAGUACAAUGUUGUCGGUCGUACAUUGAUGUUGAUUCGGAUGGCUAUCCAGACCCUUUACCCCUGAGUUAUGUGCUGAGAGCAUUACGCUCACCUUUCUGCAGUUCAACUUGUUUUGCUUGUGCCGCUGCCUCCUCCCGGGCACUGCGCUUCUGCUGCGUGAUGUAUCUCUGAAUUUCUUCCAGCCUUUUAGCUUGCUGAUCAGCUUCGUUUUUGUUCUCUUCUUGCAGCGAUUCGCUCUUUCCCCCCGAGUUAUUUUCCUUGGGCGUUCGAAUGAUCUUUGUCUCCGCGGUGUUCUCGAGUCUGACAGUCGAAUCGAGGUUCAAAUCUCCUAGAAGAGACGUGAAAAAGUCUUCCGAAGGUUCCGUUGAUGCGUGAGUGGGUGAUAUAUCUCUAUCAACUUUCUGGGGUAAUUCCUCGAUCAGGUUUGAUCCAUCUGUAUAGUUAAAGUGAGGCUCUUCGUAGCGAUGGGCCUCCUCGACAUCCUCUCUCCAUGAUUCAAUUUGCGCAUUGGUCCUGC